CCUUGGGGAAGGCUGGGCCUUGCGCCCCAGAUCUGCCCGGGCACCGUGGACCCGCAAGGAGCGUGGGGCGGGCCGGAGCCGGGGUCCUGUCGAGCGCGGGGUCUGGAUACUCCUCCCCUCGCCCCCUCCCUGCACAGUGCCCGGCGGCCGAGGAGGUUCCCAGCCGUCCCGCGGGAACUCGCCGGGAGAUGGGGACCGUCUUCACCUGCGGCCAGUCCAGCACAACCUCCCGCUGUCCAAAAGUGUUUUAAUUUUUAAACAUUUGGCUUAGAAAGAUUCCAUAAAGUUAGGCAAAUCUGAAGUCUUAAUUUUAGAUGCAGCGUACUGGGGAGCCUGAAGUCGGGGGUGGGGGUCAAGGAGCAGCCCUGGCCCACGCGGUGAGCGUCGGAGCGUUACAGCGGAGCGGCCUUAGAGAACCUGAACUCCGCAAUUUGCCGAUGAAGCCCCAGGCCCGGGGUUUCAUCUGCCUGGAAAUCUGCCCCCCACCGCAUUUGGGAAAAUGUUGGCGCCGAAGGCUACUGAUCAUGCGGCCCCAGGAAGUAAUGCCUUAUUAUCCCGGCUAGCCUAGGGCCUCGUGGCUCGCCACGGAAGGUUCUAGAACUUCGGACUUCUGCCCCCACAAGCCGGCGGUGGGCGGCCUCCGGCCCAGGAGGCGCGGCGCCUUUAAGGGCCCCGCCCACCCAGUCAGGUGACCGGACCGUCGCUUAGCAACAAGACGCCGCGCGGCCCCUCACGGCCCCAGGGCUGAGAAGCUGUUUCCUGCCCGCUCGCUCUUUCCCCCGAAACUCGGGUGGACCGAGGCGAGAUGUCCGAGGAGGACCCCCAGGGAUGCGCGGAGCAGGAGGUGCCCAAGGCCAAGGCCCCGCCGGAGAAAACCAGCGACUACUACCGCGUGAGCGAGGACCUGCCGGCCAGGUUCAACAACCCGGCUUGGUUUCGGGGCUACAGGACCAAGGAGCCCCCCUCAGUGUACAGGACCAGUAACCAAGCGUAUGGGAGCAGAGCACCCACCGUGCACGAGAUGCCGAAGGUAUUUUAUCCAAAUUCGUAUAAAUUUUCUAGACAAGUUGCAGCUGGUGGAAUGUUCCAGAACAAUACUUUCAACGUCUCCAUGGAGAAGAGCAUUGUGACGGGUCCGGACAACUACAUCACCUUCUACGACCGGCUCAACUUCCACCCCAGCUACAGGGUCAGCAAGCCGUCCAUCUGUGACUGAGGGGCUCCCGGCUCUGGUGGAGAUAGUCUGGACAGUUGGCAGCCGUAAUCUUUGAUAACUUGCCCAAUUGUAAAGGAACACACUUCACUGCUUUCCCUGAAAAUAUUUUUCCCCUCUAGGUUAGAAACAUUUGCAAACGGGGCUAUGAUGCCCUACUUUCUCUGUUUUACAUCUAGAUGAAAAAGAGCUAAUGGCUUGACUUUCCAUUAAAAACCUUGCUAUGUCCCCA